GUAGCUGGCGUUUCCGCGCGGACGAUUCGCGAGCGGGGCCCCGGCGGGGCUCUCGGUGCGCGGCCCGUGUCACAGGCCCCGGCCGCGCUUCGGCGGCGUCUCGGGGGCGGCGCGGCCUCGCCUGGGCGGGCGUGUGGGCCCGCGGACGCGCCCGUCGCGGGUCCCCCCCGGGGCGCGCUGGCGAAAGUGCCGGCCCCCGCGCGGGCGCCCGCUGCAGCGGGGUGGGACGGCGCAAGAUGGCGUGCCUGCUGGAGACCCCAAUCCGCAUGAGCGUCCUCUCGGAAGUAACAGCUAGCAGUCGCCACUAUGUUGACAGGCUAUUUGACCCUGAUCCCCAGAAAGUUCUCCAAGGUGUCAUAGACAUGAAAAAUGCUGUCAUCGGGAACAACAAGCAGAAAGCCAACCUCAUUGUCCUAGGAGCUGUUCCCAGAUUGUUGUACUUGCUUCAGCAAGAAACUUCAAGCACAGAGCUGAAGACGGAGUGUGCAGUGGUGCUGGGGAGUCUGGCCAUGGGAACCGAAAACAAUGUCAAGUCUCUGCUGGACUGUCACAUAAUCCCCGCCUUACUGCAAGGGUUGCUGUCCCCAGACCUGAAGUUCAUUGAAGCUUGUCUCCGCUGCCUGCGGACAAUCUUCACCAGCCCCGUCACUCCAGAGGAACUACUGUACACAGAUGCAACGGUGAUCCCCCACCUCAUGGCGCUGCUUAGCAGGUCCCGCUACACGCAGGAGUACAUCUGUCAGAUCUUCUCACACUGCUGUAAAGGUCCAGAUCAUCAAACAAUUUUAUUUAACCAUGGUGCAGUUCAGAAUAUUGCUCACCUACUAACCUCAGUAUCUUACAAAGUUCGAAUGCAAGCACUGAAAUGCUUCUCAGUUUUAGCUUUUGAAAAUCCCCAGGUAUCGAUGACCCUGGUAAAUGUUUUGGUUGAUGGAGAGUUGUUACCACAAAUUUUUGUGAAGAUGUUACAGAGGGAUAAACCUAUCGAGAUGCAGCUCACGUCAGCAAAAUGUUUAACUUACAUGUGCAGAGCUGGGGCUAUUCGGACAGAUGACAACUGUAUUGUAUUAAAGACGCUGCCGUGCUUGGUCCGGAUGUGCAGCAAGGAGCGGCUGCUGGAGGAGCGGGUGGAGGGGGCCGAGACCCUCGCCUAUCUGAUCGAGCCAGAUGUCGAGCUGCAGAGAAUCGCCAGCAUCACCGACCACCUCAUCGCCAUGCUGGCCGACUACUUCAAGUACCCCAGCUCAGUGAGCGCCAUCACUGACAUUAAAAGGCUUGAUCAUGACUUAAAACACGCUCACGAACUACGACAGGCUGCAUUCAAGCUCUAUGCCUCUCUCGGAGCCAAUGACGAAGACAUCCGGAAGAAGAUCAUUGAGACUGAGAAUAUGAUGGACCGAAUUGUGACUGGCUUGUCUGAGUCUAGUGUCAAGGUGCGGUUAGCAGCCGUCAGAUGUUUGCACAGUUUAUCUAGAUCUGUGCAGCAGCUUCGCACCAGUUUCCAGGAUCAUGCUGUGUGGAAACCUUUGAUGAAGGUUUUACAAAAUGCACCAGAUGAGAUCCUAGUAGUAGCGUCCUCCAUGCUAUGCAAUCUCCUCCUUGAAUUUUCUCCAAGCAAAGAGCCCAUUUUAGAAUCCGGAGCGGUAGAGCUACUUUGUGGACUAACCCAGAGUGAAAACCCUGCACUGCGAGUGAAUGGCAUUUGGGCAUUGAUGAAUAUGGCAUUUCAGGCUGAACAAAAAAUAAAAGCAGAUAUUUUACGAAGCUUGAGUACUGAACAGCUCUUCCGGUUGUUAUCAGAUUCAGAUUUGAAUGUGCUGAUGAAGACUUUGGGGCUGCUGAGGAAUCUCCUCUCCACCCGGCCUCAUAUAGAUAAAAUAAUGAGUACUCAUGGGAAGCAAAUCAUGCAAGCCGUCACCCUUAUUCUGGAAGGGGAGCAUAACAUCGAGGUAAAAGAGCAGACACUCUGCAUCCUAGCCAACAUCGCAGAUGGGACAACAGCCAAGGAGCUAAUUAUGACCAAUGAUGACAUCCUGCAGAAAAUCAAAUACUACAUGGGCCACUCGCAUGUCAAGCUGCAGCUUGCCGCUAUGUUUUGUAUAUCAAACCUCAUAUGGAAUGAAGAGGAAGGUUCCCAAGAGCGCCAGGACAAGCUACGAGACAUGGGCAUCGUGGACAUCCUACACAAGCUGAGUCAGUCCCCGGAUUCAAACCUCUGUGACAAGGCCAAGACGGCGCUGCAGCAGUACCUGGCGUGACGGGCGCACCUCGGGCACCGGUGUGCACCCCGCCUCCUGGUUUCAGGAAGCACAGGAACUAGCCUCGUUUGAUUCCUUCUAUUUGCACAAGUCACCUUGGACUGCAGGGAGCUGUUUUGCAAAAGCAAUUUGGUAGGCUUAGAUCUCACCUUAUCCGGAGGACGUUGCUCUCGAGGUGGCUGUUGUGUUUCGUUGCGUUUCGUUUCCGAGCUACCUGGACUCUUUAUUAGAACAAUCAAUCAUU